AUGUCUCUGCUCAACCCUGUCCUGCUGCCCCCCCAGGUGAAGGCCUAUCUGAGCCAGGGGGAGCGCUUCAUCAAAUGGGACGAUGAAACAACAUUCGCCUCCCCGGUUAUCCUUCGCGUGGACCCCAAGGGCUAUUACUUAUACUGGACGUAUCAGAGCAAGGAGAUGGAGUUUCUGGAUAUCACCAGCAUCCGGGACACCCGCUUUGGGAAGUUUGCCAAGAUUCCCAAGAGCCAGAAGCUCCGGGAGGUCUUCAACCUGGACUUCCCUGACAACAACUUCCUGCUGAAGACACUCACUGUGGUGUCUGGCCCGGACAUGGUGGACCUCACCUUCCACAACUUCGUCUCCUACAAGGAGAAUGUGGGCAAGGACUGGGCUGAGGACAUACUGGCUCUGGUGAAGCACCCGCUGACAGCCAACGCCCCCCGCACCACCUUCCUGGACAAGAUCCUGGUGAAGCUCAAGAUGCAGCUCAACCCUGAAGGGAAGAUUCCUGUGAAGAAUUUUUUCCAGAUGUUUCCUGCUGACCGAAAGCGGGUAGAAGCUGCCCUCAGUGCCUGCCACCUCCCCAAAGGCAAAAAUGACGCCAUCAAUCCUGAGGACUUCCCACAAUCUGUCUACAAGAGUUUCCUCAUGAACCUCUGCCCUCGGCCGGAAAUAGACGAGAUCUUCACUUCCCACCAUGCCAAGGCCAAACCCUACAUGACCAAGGACCACCUGACCAAAUUCAUCAACCAGAAGCAGAGGGACCCUCGCCUCAACACAUUACUGUUCCCGCCAGCGCGGCCUGACCAGGUGCAGGGCCUCAUCGACAAGUACGAGCCCAGUGGCAUCAACGUGCAGCGGGGCCAGCUGUCACCCCAGGGCAUGGUGUGGUUUCUCUGUGGGCCGGAGAACAGCGUGCUGGUCCAGGACAAGCUGCUGGUUCACCAGGACAUGACCCAGCCACUCAAUCAUUACUUCAUCAACUCCUCGCACAACACCUACCUGACAGCUGGCCAGUUCUCAGGCCUCUCCUCUGCGGAGAUGUACCGCCAGGUCCUGCUGGCUGGCUGCCGCUGUGUGGAGCUGGACUGCUGGAAGGGGAAGCUCCCCGACGAGGAGCCCAUUAUCACCCAUGGCUUCACCAUGACCACAGACAUCUACUUCAAGGAAGCAAUUGAAGCGAUUGCAGAAAGCGCCUUUAAGACCUCCCCCUAUCCUGUUAUACUGUCAUUUGAAAACCACGUGGACUCGCCCCGCCAACAGGCCAAGAUGGCUGAGUACUGCCGGGCGAUGUUUGGUGACAUGCUCCUCACCGAGCCCCUGGAAAAGUUUCCGCUGAAACCAGGCAGCCCCCUGCCCAGCCCUGAGGAUCUCCGUGGCAAGAUCCUCAUUAAGAACAAGAAGAACCAGUUUUCAGGCCCAGCAUCCCCCAGUGGGGAGGCUGAGGGCAGCUGCCCACCCAGUGCCCCUGUGGGUGGGGACGCAGUGUUGGCUGGCGAGGAAGGGGCUGAGCUGGAGGAGGAGGAGGUGGGAGACGAAGAGGAGGAGGAGUCGGGAAAUCUGGAUGAAGAAGAGAUGAAGAAGAUGCAGUCGGAUGAGGGCACCGCGGGCCUGGAGGUGACGGCGUACGAGGAGAUGUCCAGCCUCGUCAACUACAUCCAGCCCACCAAGUUCCUCUCCUUCGAGUUCUCUGCCCAGAAGAACCGGAGUUAUGUCAUCUCCUCCUUCACGGAGCUCAAGGCUUAUGACUUGCUCUCCAAGGCCGCAGUGCAGUUUGUGGACUACAACAAGCGCCAGAUGAGCCGCAUUUACCCCAAGGGCACCCGCAUGGACUCCUCCAAUUACAUGCCCCAGAUGUUCUGGAAUGCUGGCUGCCAGAUGGUUGCCCUCAACUUCCAGACAAUGGAUCUGCCCAUGCAGCAGAACAUGGCGCUGUUUGAGUUCAAUGGGCAGAGCGGCUACCUCCUCAAGCAUGAGUUCAUGCGGCGGCCAGACAAGCAGUUCAACCCAUUCUCGGUGGACGGCAUCGACGUGGUGGUAGCCACCACCCUUUCCAUUAAGGUAAUCUCGGGGCAGUUCCUGUCAGAACGCAGUGUGCGCACCUAUGUGGAAGUGGAGCUGUUUGGCCUUCCUGGGGACCCCAAGAGGCGCUAUCGCACCAAGCUGUCCGCCACUGCCAACUCCAUCAAUCCCAUCUGGAAUGAGGAGCCCUUUGUGUUUGAGAAGAUCUUGAUGCCUGAGCUGGCCUCCCUCAGGGUGGCUGUGAUGGAGGAAGGCAGCAAGUUUCUUGGACACCGCAUCAUCCCCAUCAAUGCCCUGAAUUCUGGCUACCACCAUCUGUGCCUGCGCAGUGAGAGCAACAUGCCCCUCACCAUGCCUGCGCUCUUCGUCCUCCUGGAGAUGAAGGACUAUGUACCUGACACCUGGGCAGAUCUCACUGUGGCCCUCGCCAAUCCCAUCAAGUUCUUCAGUGCCCACGACAAGAAGUCUGUGAAGCUCAAGGAAGCCAUGGGAGGUCUGCCUGAGAAGUCCUUCUUUCCCGGGAGUCCACUUGCCAGCCCGGUGAACGGGGCAACUCCCCCCACCGGCAAUGGGUCAGCAGAGCCGCGCACCGCCAGUCUGGAGGAGCUGCGGGAACUGAAGGGCCUCGUGAAGCUGCAGCGGCGGCAGGAGAAGGAGCUGCGGGAGCUGGAGCGGCGCGGCGCGCGGCGCUGGGAGGAGGCGCUGCAGCGCGGCGAGGCGCAGCUGGCCGAGCUGGGGCCGCCCGGCGCGGGGGGCGGCGGCGGGGCCCGCAGGCUGGGCCCGGGCAAGGGCUCCCGCAAGAAAAGGACCCAGCCCGGGGAGGAGCCGGCCGGGGCCACGCCGGGCGAGGGCCCCGAGGGCGCGGACGCGCGCGUGCGGGAGCUGAGGGACCGGCUGGAGCAGGAGCUGCGGCAGCUGCGGGAGGAGCAGUGCGAGUGCGUCCUGAAGCGCAAGGAGCAGCACUUGGCCGAGCAAAUCGCCAAGAUGAUGGAGCUGGCCAGAGAGAAACAGGCCGCAGAGCUGAAGACCCUCAAGGAGACCUCAGAGAGUGACACCAAAGAGAUGAAGAAGAAGCUGGAGGCCAAGAGGCUGGAGCGGAUCCAGGCCAUGAUGAAGGUCACCGCUGACAAGAUGGCCCAGGAGAGGUUGAAGAAAGAGAUUAAUAACUCCCACAUCCAGGAGGUGGUACAGGUCAUCAACCAGAUGACAGAGAGCCUGGAGAGGCAGCAGGAGAAGCUGGAGGAGAAGCAGGCGGCCUGCCUGGAGCAGAUCCGGGAGAUGGAGAAGCAGUUGCAGCAGGAGGUGCUGGCAGAGUACGAGGCCAGGAUGAAGGGCCUGGAGACUGAGGUGAAGGAGUCGCUGAGGACCUGCCUCAGGACCUACUUCCCCUCUGAGGCUGAGGACAAGCCUGAGAGGUCCUGUGAGGCAUCCCGGGAGCUGUGUGAACAGGACUCACUUACCGCCAACGCAGACACCCAGGAGAGCUGCCUCUGAUACCCCCAUGCAGCUGGGACAUGCUGCAAGGACAUUCCCUCUUCUGUUGGACGGGGCUCCAUCCCCCCAGGAAGAAAGGCCCCAGCAGCCCCAGUACUCUGAGGCUGUGGGAAGCUGGGGUUCCCUUGGACUCUGGAGCCGUCUCCUCAACAGCCAGGCUAGAGGAGGAGGCAGGGAUACCAUCAGGGCAGGGGCUCAUGGAGGCCUAGAGGUCCUCUCUAAGCUGACUUCCUCCUCCUCCCCCUCCUCCUCCUCCUUCUCCUUGAAUUAGUGUCAUGUAUUUGUUGAGGGCAAAAGAUUAUGGACUGAGAGGCAGGGAAUGGGGUCCUGGCCUCACCCUGCGUUUCCUAGUGUGCAACUAACUAGUGGCGCCCACUCUGGAGUCAGUUUCCUCACCUGGAGGGUUAGGCCUGGCCUCCUGGAACCUCCACUCAGCACCUGUAAUUCAAGCAGGACCUGUUCUGCAGUAAGGCUGGCAGCUUACCCAGGCUUCUUGGCCCCAUCGUGGGCCUGCCCUGGAUUGGCCUCAUUGUCUGCUCCCUGAUUCAGAGCCUGGCACUACCUCCAAGCUCCCUGAGGCCUGAUGCCCCUAGGAUUCCAGGCUGAGGUCCCUUCCCUGGCUU